AUGGAUAUUAUCGAUAUUUUACGGACUGCUAAAUUAAGUGAUGUUGAAAUCUUUCUCACAUUAAAAAAAAUAAGACUAAAUGAAAGUUUUGCUAUUUUAGCAGAUGAUUUUGGGAUGUCUACUUCUAAUGUAAGUCGUACAUUUACUAAGACCUUGCCAAUCAUAACUGAGUAUUUAAAAGACUUCAUUAUUUGGCCUUCAUCUGCAAAAAUUAAACAACAAUUGCCAAUGAGUUUCAGGAGUCGUUAUGCCGCAGUUGAAUCGAUCAUUGAUUGUUUGGAAAUUGAAAUUGAAAAGCCAACAGACCCAGUUAAACAAUCAUUGACAUGGUCAGAAUACAAAAAAUGUAAUACUGUGAAAUAUUUAGUAUCUUGUACUCCAGAUGGUAUAGUUAAUUUCAUAUCACCAGGUUAUGGUGGUAGAGCAUCUGAUGCAGAAAUAGUUUCAAACUCUGGAUACUUGGAUUAUUUAAAGCCAGGUGCAGCUGUAUUAGCAGAUAGAGGUUUCAAACAUAUUGAAAAUUUAGUAGUUGCGAAAAAAAGUACAUUGAUUAGACCUCCUACAGUAAGCUCUAAUAAGCAACCAACUCAUGAUGAAGUCAUUGCGACGAAACGAAUCGCUAGCCUUCGAAUUCACAUUGAAAGGUUAAUAAGAAGAAUCAGAGAAUUUCAUAUUUGUGAACCUCAUUCAUGUGUUAAUGUUAAAUUGAUUCCGCAAAUGGAUAAUAUUAUCACGAUUGUCGCUGCUUUAACUAAUUUACAAGGACCACUGAUAAAAAAAACAUAA